UUGCUCCAGGCCCGCCUCUCCCUGAAGACUAAUGAAACACCCGUCGGUUGCGUCCUCGUCCAUGAUGGACGUGUCGUCGCCAGAGGUAUGAACGCCACCAACAUCACCCGCAACGGUACCCGUCAUGCAGAGCUGAUGGCCCUCACCGCUCUCCUCUCCUUCACCCCUGAGGCGGACAUGGAGGAGGCACCCAACAAGAAGCCAAAGAGAAAGUCCGCCGAGAGUAACUGCACACUCUAUGUCACUGUCGAACCAUGCGUCAUGUGUGCUUCCAUGCUCCGCCAGUAUGGCAUCAGAAAGGUUUAUUUCGGCGCCGUCAAUGACAAGUUCGGCGGUACGGGUGGUGUCUUCUGCAUCCACAUGAAUUCGGAUCCCGCGCACGCCGCCACCGCUCCUGCGACUCCCGGCCACCGGCCUGCCGAGGGUGGUUGGGGUCGAGAUGAGGCCGUCAACCUGCUUCGACAGUUUUACGUCCAGGAAAAU